CGCAAGCAGAGUCCGCAUCCCCGGCGCAUCCACAAUGGGGGCAGAGAACUCCAAACCCGCAAGCGACGUCUCCCAGCACGUGUUCUCGUCAGAUGCCCCCGUCCGGUUCUCGAAUGAAUUGGUAGAUUCGCUGCAGAAGAACACCCAGACCAAUUCCGCCCGGUCAAAGCAGCUCGAACUGCAGUACCAACAGCGCCUGACCGCCGAGCUCGAGAAACUGCGCGAGAAGGAAGCCCAGAACCUCUCUAAGCUCUCGGAAGCCCUCUCUGCGGAAGCAGAGAAGCCUGCCGAACCCCCGACGCUUGCCGAAAAGCUCAGCGACGCAACCUCCAGUUCCUCAACCCUCGCAGAGAAGCAGAGACAGAAAGACAUGAGCCGGGAAAGCGUGACCAAGGAGAUCGAGGCGCUGAGGAAGAAGCUAGAUUCACGCAAAAAGUUGGAACAGCUGGACCCGCAGGUGGCGAAGGCGCAAGAGGAGGUAGUGGCUUGUUUGCGGACGAAAGAUCGGCGGCCGCUCGACUGCUGGAAAGAGGUGGAGACAUUCAAGAGGGAAGUCGGCCGACUGGAGAAGGACUUCGUGGAGAAGACAAUUAGGUGAUUGUGAUAACGUUUGAGGCUUGGUACACAUCAAAGCCUUGAGUCCGGUCAGGAUUCUGUACAGAUAGAGAUGAAGUGUGCUAGUAACCCACAGAGCAAAAGUCCUUGAGCAUACCCUCUC